GUGGGGAAAUGCAAUUCGUGUCUCUUCCCGUGUCCGGUGAUUUUAACCUUUCGCUUGGUGAGUGAAGGAGUCUAGGACGCGUAGCUGCAGACUGAAGCGGAGGAAGAAGAACUUUCAUGGCCAUGGCUGCUUCUCUUUUCCUUCAACCUAUCCACAGAAUCGAACUCCGAAAGGGCCCCUCCCUUCAUUUGAAUUACCAAUUUCCUCCUUGUCUCCAUUUUCUCCAUCGUCGCUCCCCCUCCUCCUCAACCGUCCGUGCAAGUUCCGCUGUUCUUAUGGAGUCGGUAUACCGUGAUAUAAAUAUGCGGCAGGAUCGAGCAAAAGAAUUUGAAAUCUUUGCCUGCCCAGUAUGUUAUGAACCUUUGAUAAGAAAAGGUCCUUCUGGACUAAACCUAUCAGCAAUCUACAGGUCUGGUUUUAAGUGUAAAAGGUGCAAUAAAUCAUACUCCAGCAAAGACAUGUAUCUGGAUCUAACUGUCACUGCUGGGUUGAGGGAGUACACCGAAGUUCAACCAGUCAGGACUGAGCUUUUCAGGAGUCCACUUGUUUCAUUCUUGUAUGAAAGAGGCUGGCGUCAAAGUUUCAAUCGAAGUGGUUUUCCUGGCCGUGAUGAAGAGUUCAAAAUGGCUCAAGAGUACUUCAAACCUGCUGAAGGUGGUCUUCUUGUUGAUGUCAGCUGCGGAAGUGGUUUAUUUUCACGAAAAUUUGCCAAAUCUGGAAUUUAUUCUGGUGUGAUUGCUCUAGAUUUUUCUGAAAAUAUGCUUCGCCAGUGUUACAAUUUCAUUAAGCAAGAUGACACUCUUUUAACCAAUAAUGUUGCGCUAGUAAGGGCAGAUGUUUCUAGGCUUCCCUUCUCAUCAGGUUCUGUUGAUGCUGUGCAUGCUGGUGCGGCCUUGCAUUGUUGGUCAUCUCCCUCCAAUGCUAUUGCUGAAAUCGCCCGCAUACUGAGAAGUGGUGGAGUUUUUGUCGGAAGCACUUUUCUGCGUUACACUUCAUCAACUCCCAUGAUUAUACGGCCUCUCCGAGAGAGAAUUCUGCAGGGCUAUAGCUAUUUGAAUGAGGAAGAGAUAGAAGACCUUUGCACAUCAUGCGGUCUCACCAAUUACUCCCGCAAAAUUCAGCAGUCUUUUAUCAUGUUUUCUGCUCAGAAACCUUAAACCCAGGUUUCAUCCAUUUCAAACCGGGACUCUCACCCUUCUUCAGUUUAUUAUCGUCUGUGCUGUACAUUUUCUGUGUUUGUGUGUGUGUGUGUGUGUGUGUGUUUUUUUUUUUUUUUGAAUGAAGGAAUUUUGUAGAUAAAUCAGAAAAUGCAAAGAUCAUAACUUAAAUCACAGGACACGUUCCCCUGUGGGUGAAAAGCAUCUAUAUUCAUAUCAUAUAUCCAUGUCUAUGUUUACUAA